GGCUUACACAGUAUGGCCGGCGACAUUAGCUAGCGCUCGCUCUACUCUCUCUAACGGGGAAGCAGCGGACUACAAGAGACUGAACUGUAUCUGCCUCUAUUUCCAACAGACUCACGUUCUACUUUCGCUCACAAAAGGAAGCCGGGGAAAUUUUAUUAGUCCUUUUUUAAAAAAAAGUUAAUAUAAAAUUAUAGCAAAAAAAGGAACCUGAACUUUAGUAACACAGCUGGAACAAUCCGCAGCGGCGGCGGCAGCGGCGGGAGAAGAGGUUUAAUUUAGUUGAUUUUCUGUGGUUGUUGGUUGUUCGCUAGUCUCACGGUGAUGGAAGCUGCACAUUUUUUCGAAGGGACGGAGAAGCUGCUGGAGGUUUGGUUCUCCCGGCAGCAACCUGACGCAAACCAAGGAUCUGGGGAUCUUCGCACUAUCCCAAGAUCUGAGUGGGACAUACUUUUGAAGGAUGUGCAAUGUUCAAUCAUAAGUGUGACAAAAACUGACAAGCAGGAAGCUUAUGUACUCAGUGAGAGUAGCAUGUUUGUCUCCAAGAGACGUUUCAUUUUGAAGACAUGUGGUACCACCCUCUUGCUGAAAGCACUGGUUCCCCUGUUGAAGCUUGCUAGGGAUUACAGUGGGUUUGACUCAAUUCAAAGCUUCUUUUAUUCUCGUAAGAAUUUCAUGAAGCCUUCUCACCAAGGGUACCCACACCGGAAUUUCCAGGAAGAAAUAGAAUUUCUAAAUGCAAUUUUCCCAAAUGGAGCAGCAUAUUGUAUGGGACGUAUGAAUUCUGAUUGUUGGUACUUAUAUACUCUGGAUUUCCCAGAGAGUCGAGUAAUCAGUCAGCCAGAUCAAACCCUGGAAAUUCUGAUGAGUGAGCUUGACCCAGCAGUUAUGGACCAGUUCUACAUGAAAGAUGGUGUUACUGCAAAGGAUGUCACUCGUGAGAGUGGAAUUCGUGACCUGAUACCAGGUUCUGUCAUUGAUGCCACAUUGUUCAAUCCUUGUGGGUAUUCAAUGAAUGGAAUGAAAUCGGAUGGAACUUAUUGGACUAUUCACAUCACUCCAGAACCAGAAUUUUCUUAUGUUAGCUUUGAAACAAACUUAAGUCAGACCUCCUAUGAUGACCUGAUCAGGAAAGUUGUGGAAGUCUUCAAGCCAGGAAAAUUUAUGACCACCUUGUUUGUUAAUCAGAGUUCUAAGUGUCGCACAGUGCUUUCUUCACCCCAGAAGAUUGAAGGCUUUAAACGUCUUGAUUGUCAGAGUGCUAUGUUCAAUGAUUACAAUUUUGUUUUUACCAGUUUUGCUAAGAAGCAGCAACAACAGCAGAGUUGAUUAAGAAAAAUGAAGAAAAAACGCAAAAAGAGAACACAUGUAGAAGGUGGUGGCUGCUUUCUAGAUGUUAAUACUGGGGGCCAUGCUUUCCAUAACCACCACCUUGUAGUUGCAGAAAGCCCUAGAUGUAAUGAUAGUGUAAUCAUUUUGAAUUGUAUGCAUUAUUAUAUCAAAGAGUUAGAUAUCUUGCAUGAAUGCUCUCUUCUGUGUUUAGGUAUUCUAUGCCACUCUUGCUGUGAAAUUGAAGUGCAUGUAGAAAAAACCUUUUACUAUAUGAAACUUUACAACACUUGUGAAAACAAUUCAAUUUGGUUUCUGCACAGUGUAAUAUUUCUCCAGGUAUCCUCCAAAAUUCCCCACAGACAAGGCUUUCGUCCUCAUUAGGCGUUGGCCUCAGCCUAACCAUCUGGGACUGUUCUGUAAAAUUGCUGCCAGAAUUUUACAUCCAGUUACCUCCACUUUCUAGAACUUAUUCUUUACUAAUGUUACUGGGACAAUUUUUACUUCAUACAGGUGUUUUUUGCAACAGCAGUUAUUAAAGUUUUUCUUCCA